AUGGCAUGGAGGCAGAACUCGUCGUGGAGCGGCUGGGGCGGCGGUGCUAGCGGGUGGGGCACUGGUGCCAGUGGCAGCGGUGCCAGUGGCAGCGGCGGUUGGAGCGGUGGCGGGCAGCCUCCGCUUUCGAAGAAGCAGAAGCAGAACAAGCGCAAGAAGAAGACUCAGUGCAACCAGGAGAGGGUCGAUGUGAGGUGGGCGAUAAACAAGAAGCUGGCAGCCUGCCAAGCGGACCUCGCGGGCGCCCUCCAGCAGAUCAGCAGCCUUCAGGAGUUGCAGAGCACCACGUCCGCGCAGCUGGAGGAGGCGAAGAAGAUCAGCGCGGAGCAGAAGUCCGAGCUGCAGCUCCUCUCCCACAGCAGGCGCCUGGUGGUGACGGAGCGGGACGCGUUGCUGCAGAAGUCCCAGGUCCAGGAAAAAGUCAUCGCAGAGCAAUCCCAGCAGAUCCCGGAGCUGCAGAGGCUGGCCGAGUCGGAGAGAGGCGCUCGAGAGGACGUCCGCCCCAGGGUCCUCAUGCAGUCGUGGGAGGCUUCGAAGGGCCUGGAGGUGAUGAGGACCCAGCUCGAGGAAGCCCAGAGGACGAAUGCGCAGCUGCGUGCGCAGCAGGAGGAGACUGCAUCGCAGUCGCAGCACUUCAAGAUGGAGAUGGAGAAAGCCAUCGUCGACCUUGACCGGCACAAGCGCCUGGAGGUCAACCAAAGGCUCCAACAGGAGUUGCAGAGCCUCAAGGAGAAGCUCCGUGUCGCGGAAGCAGCGAAGGAGGAGGCGGAGGCAGAACGUCCGAAUGCUCACUUCCCGUGGCUUCUGGUUUGUCUUAGGGUUCCUCUAACCUGA